AUGGGACAUUUAAAAAAUAUUUUAUUUAUUUUAAUUAUAACUGUUUUUGCUGUUAAAUCAAGUGAGGUGUCAAAAUAUAAAGCCUUUUCAAUAUCUGGCCCAGGAUGCGAUUCAUCAUUAAAAAUUAAUUUAAAUGAGGCAACAUGCUCAUUAAAUUGUGGUGUUUAUUUAUCAAUUGAAAGUCAAACAGAUCAAGAUACUUUCAAAUCUAGAAUUUAUUCAACCAGUAAACAAUCAUCUGAAAGUAAACAAGAAAAUUCAUCAGAGUUUUUGUCAUCUGACUCACAUCCGUCAUCGGAUUUAUCAUCAUCGGAUUCAUUAUCGUCAUCUGAUUUAUCAUCAGACUCAUUAUCGUCAUCUGAUUUAUCAUCAUCGGAUUCAUUAUCGUCAUCUGAUUUAUCAUCAUCGGAUUCAUUAUCGUCAUCUGAUUUACCAUCAGAAACAACACCCUCCCCCACAACACCAGGCCCUUCAACACCUGCCCCCACAACACCAGGUCCUUCAACACCUGCACCUGCUGACCCUGCUCCUGCUGAUCCUGCACCUGCUGAUCCCGCUCCUGCUGAUCCUGCACCUGCUGAUCCUGCACCUGCUGAUCCUGCACCUGCUGAUCCUGCACCUGCUAAUCCUGCACCUGCUGAUCCUGCACCUGCUGAUCCUGCACCUGCUGAUCCUGCACCUGCUGCCCCUGCACCUGCUGAUCCAGCACCUGCUGAACCUUCCACCGCCGCUCCUGCUGCCACUGUUCCAAGUGAAAAUUUAGUAGCCUCAGUAACAAAUUGCGUCAGUGAAAAUAAAUUAGAGGAAGUAGAUAUUGUUUGUUCCGAUAAACCAUCAACUUUUACAAUUCUUGGACAACAAUUCUCUGUUACAUGUUUUGAAAAUAGUCUUAUUGAGGAAAAUGAACAAGAUGGUUCAAACUCUCCAAAAAUCUCUGUAAAAUAUUCAACUUUAAUUUUUAUUUUAUUUAUUACUUUUUUAAUUUUAUAUUAA